GCAGAGAGAGAGAGAGAGAGAGAGAGAGAGAGAGAGAGAGAGAGAGAGAGAGAGAGAGAGAGAGAGAGAGAGAGAGAGAGAGAGAGUCUAUAUACAUCUAAACCCUGGGAGCCUGGUGCUCACAGACACAGCUGGACUAGUGGGUAACUGGACUACACCCUCCACUCUAUACUUUUGUACAUUAGAGGUCACGGUGUAAACAGAGCAACCCUCACAAUCCAACCAGCAGGCCGAAGUUCAACAGAUCAGAAACAACACUAGAUCUUUUACCUAUAUUUUGUGAGACACACCAGCAAAGAUGGCUGAGCAGUUACAGAAGCUUGUAGCAGACAAGAAGAAUGUGGUUGAGACGGUGAUGGAGGUGUUUGAACACGGUGCUGAGGUCGUAGCCAGCAUAGCAGGUGACCUCUUCCCUGUUUUUGCCAUCGCAGCACCACUUGUGAAGUUGGCCCUGGACAAUGUGGAGAGCAAAGAGGCUGAGUUCAUGAAACAGCAAUUCAAGAAAGUUCGUGAACGUCUGGAGGGGAUGUCUGAGGAGAUCCAGCGAAUCAACGAGGAGAUCAAGAAAAGUGGUGCAGAUGCUGCCUACUUCUCAGUAGAGGAGAACAUCUCCAACCAGUUCCGUAAGUACAUGGACAUCCUUAAUGCCAAACCCAAGUUUCGCGAGGUCAAGAAGAAGACUUUCCUGGAGCAUUUCGUCAAGACAGGAGGUGACAAAAACUUGCAUACGCUGUACAGUGCUGUUACCGGUGACAACUUCUCUGGGGAGUCGGUGCUGGAAAUCACUCUGAACUAUGAGAACAAAAGUCGAAGAGCAAUGGAAGACUUCUGUGCCCGGCUGAAAAAGCUCUUCUGUAUUGGCCUUAUUGCUCUAAUGGGCUACACUGCUCUCAAGGGAGGCGAUGAUGAGCAGGAACUUCUUCUUGACUGGGGCGAGAGGAUGAAGACAGUUCAGACGAAAAUGAACUCUGUCAUUGAGGAUUGUAUCGUCAGUUACCCGAAGCAGGCCGAAAUUGAUUCCCGCCGGCUGGUUAGGGACAAAUCUGACCUCACCAACCAGCAACUGGCAGAUGCCAUUGUGGACAUGCUAAAGACAAAGUAUGACUGGGUGCGCUGGUCAGUUCGCAUAUUCAACACCCCCACAGGUCUGUUCGCAAACAAGAAGGAUUUCCAUUGCCCAACAGGGAAGAGCCGUUUUCAAGUGCCUACGUCGGACGAGAAGCUUAUUGUCAUGGUGUCCUACAGUGCUUCCCCAGAGCCUCUGGACAAAGCCUGCAUUCAAAAGCUGAUCGAGAGUCAGAAGAAACCCACUGUAGUGGGUAUAGCAGAGCUCCUGUUUGAGCAGUUGCCAGGUCAGUGUGUCGUCCACACUGUAAAGACCUCGAAAGACUUGGCCUAUGCUUGGAGCUUUGAUGAGGAGCUGCACUACUGGGAGGAACUCAAAAACUUUUAUGUUUGUGCUCACUCAGCUUGAGGUUCUCAAAACAUAACCCAUAGCCAAGGUUAUUCUCAGUAGACAUUCCAACAAUUUCCUCUUUCUUUGAGUUCUAUUCUUCAAUAUGUAACUUGAUGGUUGGUAGUUUUAAUGAUUUAUCAGAUGUUAUUGUGGAUGCUUUGACAAUUUAUGUACAAUGAAAACGUAAAUGAAUGAAAAUGAUUGUAUUAUCAGUUAAAUCAAAAAGGUUUGUCAACACCAACUCACUACCCAAAAUAAUGUAACUGCUAUUCCCAUGACAGAAGAAUAGUCUUUCAUAAAACAGUAGCAUAGGUAAGAAAACAUCAGAAUGAAUAUAAUAAAAAUAUUUUAAUCGUGGCCCAGGGACACAAAAUCUACGAUAUAAAUAAAAUCAGGCAGUGCCUGGUUAUUUCCAUUUUCCAUUUUAUUCAUUUAGGAGACACUUCUAUUCAAAGUGACAUGCAAAUAGUUUUUUCCUUGUCGUUUUCUCAAAUUCUUGCUCUGAACCUGCGCCUGUCCUACAACUUGUCAUCUAUCAACCACACAGGCAAGUUGAGACACAUGCACAGUGUCAGGGUAGCAGAAGGGCUUGUUUACUUUUGAACUCCUUACAUAGACACUACCCUGUCACAUCUUGUCUUUAGAAAUUGACGCAUCCCAGAGGUGCCUAAUACAAAAUGUCGGAUAUAUCACCACUUCUUUUUACAAAGAAGAAUUUUAGAAUGUCAAUACUAUUGUUAUAAGGUGUCUUUUAACGGUGUCUUUAAUAACAAACAAUGGAUAUUAUGUCUUUGCAAUAUUGCACAGCUCAAGGAUACAAACCAAGGAUAACGUUGGAAAAAAGUUAAUACCAGCUCAUGUUAUACUAAUAUUGGUGUCAACUUUGCUCAUCAUCUUACUUUGAUGUAUUUGUUACUCAAGAUCAACACUUUUAUACACUAUCUCUUUGGGGAUUUCUUUCUAAAAAUAUUUAAGGUGUCUCAUAGGUGCUGUAACCUGUGAUUAUUAGAUUUUAUAACAAAAUAUCUUGGUUGUUUGAUUUCAAAUUAAUAAAUUAAUAAGCAUUGUUUGAAUAAAAGCAUUUUGAAACUCA